UAAAGAAAAACACUGGUAUUUGCCAAUACAAGACAUGCAUAAUGAUGAUACCAUUUGGGCUGGUUUUUCUUCUUUUUCAUGUAUCUAAUGGCUACCUUAACGACUCAGAACCCUGUACAUCCGACAAUACGUCUGUAAUUGUACUGGAUCGCGAAGUCUCCUGUGCAUUGCUGCAUAAAAUCUCAAAUGAAUCCGAUGUUUGGAUUCGAUAUCAGCUUCCAGAUGGGCGACCAAUUGUAUUGUCGGACGAAUGUAUUUGUGCGUCUUCUUGUGCCGUGUUUCUGAACGACACACUACCGGCGAACGGAACAAAAUGGCUGCGAGUGUUUUCUCAAUGUUAUGGGGCAUGGUACUUAAGAGUGAGGGAAUGUGACGGGUUUUUCGUGUUGUUCUUGGAUUCAUUGUCCUAUCAAUAUUCGACUCUUAGUGGUGUAACGGCAUGCCUAGCCUCGUAUCAAGGAUCGUGCAAGAAAUCGGGAAAAUCUUAUGCCAAAGACGCACCAAAUGUGUGUCCCGAGGUGGAGAGUUUUCAUGAAGAGACAGAGGAUGGGACAGGAAUGGAGGCAGUCUUCAGGUGUAAAUUCAAUCCAAUGCCUGUGAAUGUUUUCUAUGACGUACAGUGGUAUAUUGACGGUAUUCUCCUAAAUAACGCCAAAUUCACAGCGAUCAGUUACAGCAACAUCAAUGAUACCGCACUGCGGACAAAACACUGGGUGAACAACUUCACUAUGAGUUUUCAGGUAUCUUGUGCUGUGAAAGUUUACAAAUCAACAUCUGAGAUCCUGGCAGAUUUCAUUGAAAGUUACCAAUAUUUUGCGGGCAUAAAGCCACGUCAGCUCCAGUAUACUUUGUUUGAGGGGGAGACAAUUCAGAUAAUUCUGGAGGCUACAGUUCCCUUCAGCUGUUCAUCUUCUCUGAGUGACUCAAUGAAAGCCUCCUUCUGUAAGUUCCAGUUCUAUAUCUGGACCCCAGGGGAGGGACAAUGUGUUAACGGUCUCACAAACAACGGAGUGGCUUUAAAGGACAACCCUUGUGGAGUCACAUUUGGAUAUAAAGACAGAUUGACUUCUAUCAGCGUCACUGGUUAUAUUGAUGGAAUGGUCAAUUUUAGGGAAAGAAAAUCUACUUUGAAAAUUGGUUCUACCAGAAAUCCAAUGGAUUCCACUGGAAUUUGGAACGGAGUAAAGAUUCCGGACAUUACAUUUAUCGUGAAAGACAAAGACUCAUUGGUAUCUGGUAAGUAUUGUGCUUCUUACACGGAUCCUCAUCAAAGAACCUUUGAUGGGAUACGCUUCUCUAACCAACGGGCUGGGGAGUUCUUGUUGUACAGACACAAAACGUUGCCCUACACGGUACACGCAUUGUAUUCCACCUGUUUCUUGGGGCGUGCUACCUGUACCUGUGGUAUCGCCAUCAGAAGUGGUGGGAGCCUCUUUUCGGUUCGCACAUGCGCACAACUCUCUACAAAAUUAACCAAAACUUUAUCAAUACCAGAGGAAAAAACCGAAAUUUGCAAUGAUGAUGAUCUACGGAUUCAAAAACAUGGGCGCUAUUACAAGGUUACGUUUCCGAGCGGUACGGAAGUGUCAUUCAGAAUUUCCACGUGGAGUAAUUGGAUGGGAAGUGUUUGCAUUAGAGCCUCUCUAUCAGAUUUGGGGGAAACGGAGGGUUUGUGUGGACUUGUCAAUGAUAAUACCACAGAUGAUUUUAUUCCUAGAAAUGGACAAAAUCCUACAGAUAUAAAUUCCUUCGCAGAAUCGUGGAGAAUACCAAGGAACUCUCCUGAUAAAAGUUUGUUUGUCAAAAAUCCCAAAAUCUUGCGAGAGUCAUUUUCCUAUUCAUCUCAGGACAACAAUGAAAGUUAUUGCACUUGUCCAUCCGAGGAGCCCCUAGAUCCUUACCGUCCUAACUUUGAGUCUCGGAAUCAGGCCCACUGUAACCAGACGACACCGAGUUCUGUUUGUGGAAGUCAGGUUUCCAUGGUGAUUGAUUCUUCUUCCUGUGGCACCAACUCACGUCGCCAAAAGCGUUCAGUUCUAUCAGAUGAUGUUGUGGAUUCUACUGUGCUUACCUAUACCCGUGACUUUGAUGAUACAGCUGUUUUCAAUGCAAGUAACUGGAUCAACGGAUGGAACGCCACAUCAGCUAUGAAAUAUUGCACGGACUCAUUCACUUUUGACCCCGCUGUGGAAAUCUGUAAUUCACUCGUCAACAUCUCUUCGGAGUCUUAUAUAGACAGCUGUGUAGAGGAUAUCAAGAUGUCUGGUAAUACAACUUGGGUGGAGGAUACGCUGGACACACUUAAAGGGGCGUGUCUUACAGAGGCCAAGAAACAGGAAGUGUUUUAUACUAACUCCACCUCUAACUCCUCCUCUGAGUUGUCAAUCAUCCAACUGAUCACAGCCCAACUUUGUCCCGCCAACUGCUCUGGAAAUGGAGAGUGCAAAGAUGCUUUGUGUUUCUGUCAUAUUGGCUUCAUUGGAAGUGACUGUUCUGUCCGUGUGUCAGUGCCACCUUCCGAAUUUUCUUUGCCGUCCAAUGGAAUUUGUGACACAACACAACGAUCAUGUCGAAAAACAAAUAUUGUUGGCAAAUUCUUCUCUGAAAAUAUCGUUGCACAAUUGUCACAUUUUGAAAUAGAAGAAAUGGAGCCCUCUAAUCCUUUCUCUGUGACCACAAAUGCAACAUUCCGUCACUUCAAUCUGAUCACCGUGACGUUGCCCUCUGUUUCCGAGUCUUCCCGACGUCGACGCCGUUCAGUAGUAAAUGACGUGCUUGGUUGGAAUAUCUCGCUAAGUUAUGAUGGCGUUACCUUCAGUGAUCACGUGACUUUGUUGAUAUAUGACAGUCAGAGAUACUCGUGUGACAUGCAGACUCUAACUUGCAAAAAGUUGAUAAGCGACAGUGCAUCGUCUUCCAAAUCAGGGCCUGCUGUCAACAUUCCCGCCAUUGCAGGUGCUACAGCUUUUGCUAUUGUAGCAGUUGCUAUUAUUGUGAUAGUCAUCGUUCUCAUCAAAAAGAAAAAAUUUCCUGUAGGUCGCUCCCAGUCUGUGGUAGGGAUACAGAAGAACGACGGACAGAAAACGAUACCAGGAAAUGACAUCGGGUCUCUGUGGGUGGGUACUGACUACGGUCAGCCUAUACCGUCCGUACCCCCACCUUCCUAUGUCUACCAGCAGAAACGGCAACCCACUGAUAUAUCUUUUAACUUUGAAAACAAGAAUUAGAAUUUUUCAAUUUACAGAUCUUAACCAUUCCAAAUUUAGAGACAUCAUUGGAACCAGUGUAAAAUGUUUUAACCUUGUUUACCUAAUGUUAUCUAAUUUUAAUUUUGUUUGUGGCGAUGUUUAAUUCUUAUAUAUCGAUAAACAGGAUAAAAAACGAUGAACAAUUCGAGCAACUGCGUACAUAUAAUUUAUUCUUUAAAAUUUUGUGAUGAAAUAGAAUCAUUCCUUUUCAAACAUUAGUGAAUAACAUAGCAUCCACCUAUGGUAAUGUCUGUGAAUGUUACUGCUAUCCUUAAAUAUCAUAACUUGUGUCACUAA